AUAAGGUUUAUCUAUAUAUUUACAAAGAACCCUGAAAAACUAAAAACAAAUAUUCACAUUGAAAGAACCGAGCGAACGAUAAUGGCGAAAGGAAAGAAGCAACUGAUGUCAUCAGCACCAUGGAGAGGCGAAGAAGACGACACCGAACAAUUUCCUGACGCUAAUCUCAAAGUCACUAGUCAAUCAGAUGGAACUUCAACUAUGCAUGUUCCUCGCAACAAAUCCAAAAAUCAUAACCAUGAUGAUGAUUUUGAAAUUGAUCCUGAACUUCGUUAUAGUUUCCAACGCAAUUUUCAGUUUAUUCAGCGAGUUUUUAGCAUUGACACUGUGGUGAAACCUCUCCCACCCGUCAUGGCUUACAAUGUCUCUCGCAACUUGAACUUCUUCACGCGCAUUUUCACUCAAUUCUUUGAUCCUGAAGGCAUUGCCGCUGCCCAGAAAUCCAUAGGCAUAGGACAGGAAAACAGAGAUCGCAGAGUUCGUUGAAGAUAAUAGCAGAAGGCACCAUAAAAAAAUUAAAAAUCAUAUGUAAGAACUUGGAAGAUGAUAUUGAAGUAUCAUUUACGAGUAAAGUUUUUCCUGAUGUUAUUACUCGCAGAAUUAUUUAGCUUGUUUGUCGUGAUAUUUACUUAUGUAUAUUAAAAAUUUAGUAGCGUUACAA